GAGAGAGAGAGAGAGAGAGAGAGAGCUGCUGGAAAGCCAUAAUGGUCUCUGGCGCGUGCAGCGGUGCUGAUCUGCACACUUUCUGUCACCGAGCAGCUCUGCCUUCCUCCCUAUACAGACACACACACACACAUGCACGUCGGCAGCACUGCUCUAGCGCAGCCUAAGAGGAUCCGUCUUGUGGAUUACUGCUGGACCGUCUGCCUUCUAUGCUGAUAGACUGCACACUUGAUCCCGAUUUUCUCUGUGGAAGCGCUUCAGCUCAUUGCUCUAUGCUGGAUUACAUUACAUUUUGGAUCUGCAUAAGGAAGGAGGGAGGACGAGAAAGCUAAAGAGAGGUGGUGGCUCAUCACCAGUUGCCUUUUCACUGCCUGAAGGCAACCGGCUUUCUUCUACAGAAAGGAAUACACCCUGCACCUGGGUUUGAUGGAAUAUGGGCACGUCUCACACAUCUCACACAUCUUCAUCUUGUUCACUAGUAAACCAUGACCAGGCUUCAGUAAUAAUCUUGGCAUAAACACCAUCAUUUAUUCUUACCCAUUGCAUCAUAUCAUGCUUUUCAUAAGACUCUCUGUUAAAACAAACUCUGUUACAUGGACUGUGUGUUCGAUGCUGUUCACAUUGAAUGACUCAAUUCUCAUUCUGUAAAGCAUUACAGAGACAGGGAGUGAAAGAGAUAGAGAGGAAGAGUGUGAAAGAGGGAGUCGUGGGGACGCGGUGGGGGACUGCUUCAGACGUGCUCUGACAGGUGCAGUCACUCAUCCAGUCUCUGGCAUGCACACUCUGCAGUUAGAAAGAGCAAAUGUGAUUGCUGAAUGACAAGGGAUCCGUGUUGAUGAGAGUCAGAGUGUGGAACGGACAAAGGCAUCCUUUAUUCUUAGAUAGACUUUUUAUAUUGCUCGAUUGACAUUAUUAGAGAUGCUUCAUGAAACAGGCUUCUGAAACAUUAAUAUGUGUUCUGAUCUCAAGAGGAAUGUCUGGAAAAACAGCCUGUAUAUGUGCACAGGAUAGGUAAAGCACAGAAACUCAACAGGUCAAGUGCUAUCCCUCGGAAAAAGUGCAGGACGUCAAUUAGUGAAAGGGGUCGUAUGCAUGCUGGACUCCACAUGACUGUACUUUCUGAUAAUAGCAUAAUGAAUCCACGUGAGCUAUUAUUUCAGCUGGGAAUUCAGACACCUGUUUGGUAAACACAGCAUAUAUUACAGACAAAAUUAAUGUCUUCUUUAAAUAAACAGAUUAUGAAGGGCAAGUAAAUACACAAGGGACAUGCUACGGAUGCAAACAAACCAAGAUAUUUAUACAUAACCAAGAUCUGAGUUGCCUGAAGUGGAUUGUUCAAUAAGAAGGGUUUACCUCAAGGACAUAAUUUCAUUUCCAUGUAUUCCAUCACUGACAUUGCUAUGUUAACAGAAAGACACAAUAAAUCAUGAUAUAAUGGCAAAAGCACAAAUAUACUACACAACCACAGUGUUCUGGAGUGCCUGGAUUUUACCAAUACAAACCGUUGCUUCCAUUCUUCCUGCCUAGUGCUUUACAAGAGACUCGGGUUUCUCACUGCCGGACUUUUCUGCAGGCAUUCUCUAAUCCUGCCUCACAGUUUGCUAUUCUGACUGAAGAAAAGGAACAGACUGAGACACACAGCUUCAAAGGCUUUUCAUGGAAAGAGUCUUAACCUGUAGGGAGGGAUCUCCAGAACUCAGCUAAGACCUGUUUUCACAGCAGAGAAUCAGAGAGGGGAAAAAUAAAAAAAAAUAAAAAACUCAACUCGAACCAAGAUGGGCUGUAACAUGUGUGUAGUAAACCGGCCCGAGGAGCAGUACAGGAUUAUGUUCCAGAAGGGCAACAUGAUGCGUCCCAUUGAUGCUGAAAUAAAGCUUAAAGGUAGAAGAACAUCUCAUCUAUCACAAGAUAAGGAUGGUCAUUCCCAUGAUCCUCUGUUACUUCAAGUGGUCCGGAAGGGGCACAGGAGGAAAGCGGGAGCUUCAACAGGAAGUGCUAGACUUAUGGCCAUCACAGACUGUGUGGAUAACUCCACGCAGACAGACAUCAGCUUUCAGAAUUUUCUGGGUGCUAGUCGAGGGAGCUACAAUGGCUGCAGCUCUCCGAAGCCUCCUCCAUCUCCUCCACUGCCCCCAAUGGUGGAGUCAUACCUGCUGAAUGACCUCACUCUGGAGCAUGACUCUGCCGAUCCCAAUGACUACCUUGAUGUCGCUACCCAUGAAGUGGAUCGACAAGAAGAGCUGGAAUAUGAGGAAGUGGAGCUUUAUAAAUCCAGUCAGCAGGACAAGCUUGGAUUAACAGUGUGCUACCGCACUGAUGAAGAGGACGACCAGGGUAUCUACGUAGGGGAGGUCAAUCCCAACAGUAUAGCUGCCAAAGAUGGACGCAUCCGAAAGGGUGACAGAAUACUGCAGAUAAAUGGAGUUGAUGUCCAGAAUAGAGAAGAGGCGGUGGCCAUCCUUACCCGAGAAGACAGCACAAAUUUUUCACUGCUACUGGCCAGACCAGAGAUGGAGAUGGAGACUCAAAUGGACCCUGAGGACCUGGAUUUCGAGUUGCCAGUAGGCAUGAGUGUGGACACUCUAAACAGCUCGCACUUAUCCAAUCUAUACCAUCAUCGGCAGCAAAGAGGCCAAAUGGGCAUUCAUGAGGUCCCGCUACACAGCGAAACUCCCAUGCUAAGCCUGGCCACCCUCAACAACAGCCAGGAGCUGGACAGUGGUGUGGGCCGCACAGACGAGAGCACUAAGAAUGAAGAAUCAUCUGAGCAUGAUAUACUCCUUGGUGAUGAGCAGACCAGUGCCUCCAAUACCAACACCACUAAUACACCACACAGCCUCCGCAAGUUCCGGCCUGGCAGAGGCAGUGGAGGUGGAGGGGAUACCCCAUCACCAUUACUCCAUAUCAGAGAGCUCCACUUCAGCACAGACUCUCUGGAUUGUGGUGGUGCAGGAGCCGGAUACAUCCAUGAUCCGGUGAGUGCAAUGAUGAUGCCCGGCCUGACUGAAGAGGAGUGCGAGAGGUACAGAGAGCUGCUAGAGAUUAAAUGUCGUUAUGAAAGAAAUAUGAAGAAUGGUAAUGCAGGGAAAAGCGCUGAGGAAGAAAAAGAGAUGGAAGGAGAAGGCGAGGAGGAAGAGGAAGAUGGGAAAGAGGUGUCUCUGGAUGAAAACUCUAAUGAGAGCCUGACUCCACAUGAGAUGGCGCUCUUGGAGGAGGAGCUACGGCACCUUGAAUUCAAGUGUCGGAACAUUCUACGGGCACAGAAGAUGCAGCAGCUACGAGAGCGCUGCCUGAAGGCAUGGCUGUUGGAGGAGGAGGCUUCAGUGAGGGUACCUACUGACCUACAGGGAUCUCCACAUCAUGAGUUGUCAGAUAUCAAAGAACUCCCCGAGAGAGAGAGAUCAGACAAGGACACCAGCAGUGCUUACAACACUGGAGGCGAAAGCUGCAGGAGCACACCUUUGGUGAGUGAUCACCUUUCUCCUGUCACUCAGAUAGACGAGUCAGGUUCUCCUGUGCAGGUAAGGCACAGAGAACGACCCAGCUGGAGUGAGAGGGGCCGUGGCACUCUCAAUUAUUCACCCAGUAGCUACAAGAAGUUCCAUAUGAACACCAAUAUCAACCAGAAAUUCCACUCUCUGUCUCGGGAGGGGACCACUCGCUCAUUAGCAGAUGGUGGUACACAGGGCAGGAGCUCCAGAGCCAACAGCAUUCAUGAAAGAACUGGUGGCCAUAGUGCUGAAUCUAGUCCUUACUUUACCCGACGACAUCACUCUAACCGACCUAAGCCUGAGCGCUAUCAGAGCUGCAUGCAGCUAGGCUCCUCAUUUACAGAAACCACUAUGGAUAGAACUGUGGAAGGAGAGAGUGAGGCUCCAGUGGGCAGUAGUGGCCGGGCAAGCCCUAUGAGUUUAGCAAACAGCACUCUUAGCCCCAUGCUUCACACAAGCCCAGCUAAACACUCCUUGGAUUUGCCUCUGCCCCUUCCACCUGCUUCACCACGCAUGGAGUGGAAGGUAAAGAUCCGUAGUGAUGGCACACGCUAUGUAGUAAAGCGACCUGUCCGUGAUCGCCUACUGAAGGCCCGUGCCAUGAAGAUCUGCGAGGAGCGUAGUGGCAUGACCACUGAUGAUGAUGCUGUAAGUGAAAUGAAAAUGGGGCGGUACUGGAGCAAAGAGGAGCGCAAGCAGCAGUUGCUGAGGGCCCGCGAGCAACGCAGACGACGUGAGUUUAUGAUGCAGUGUCGACUAGAUUAUCUCCGUAAUCGGGGCCAAGACCCAGGGAAGGAUGGCCAACAGGAGUCAGGUCAGGCUCCUACCUCCAUUCUAGAGAUAAGCCAAAAGAAGAGUUCAAAAAAGCGCAACCGUCGCAUCUUGGACAACUGGAUCACCAUCCAAGAGCUGCUGGCCCAUGGUUCUCGCUCUCCAGAUGGGACAAGAGUCUACAACCCUCUUCUGUCUGUCACUACAGUCUAAAAGAAAAGUACAGAAAAAGCUUUGAACAAUUUCACACCCUGCUCUGUAGCACAUCACCGUUAUAUAAAAGCAGCAUCAAAAUAACAAGCACAAUUUUUACUUUGCACCUCUGGUGCUCUGCCAGUGUUUCUCUCAACCAAGCUCAAAAAAAUAGAUUUGGGGUAAAUGUGCUUAUUUUCCUAACAUGUGGAAACUGGUUUUACAUCUAGCUGCCUGGCUAUUUUAUAUAUUUACUUACUUACUUAAUCUCAAAUAUAAAGCCUUAUGUUUUGCCAAAACCAAGAGCUGGUAAGCACUGAUGAUCACCAAUAGUUAGAACCAUAAAAAAAACUGCUAUAUGCUUUUAUUUAGCAAACAUGAAUCAAAAUAAGCUUUAUUAAAGUACGCAUGUUAAAGACAAUACUGCAAAGUGCUAAAACAUGUAGUAGCAUCUACAAACAUAUAGAUAUGCUUGAAAUCUAGCCAGUUUAAUUGCCCAGGAGGUCUUCAAUUAUAUGAAAUGAUUUAGCAACUAAAAAAUUGUUUAUUUAGUCAUAUUAUAUCUAAUGGUAUGAGGGAAUCAGCAAUCUAGGCACAUUAGUCAGCUAAAGAAAGUCUCAUCAGGUAAUACUAAAAGCACUUUUAUCAAGCUUUUUUCCCCCCUAAGGUUACUUCAGCACAAAUUUUACUCCAGCACAAUGACUACCCAGGCACAGAACCAGUAGCUGUCUAUAUACACCGCUCAGGCAUAACAUUAGGACCACCUGUAUAAUAUUGUGUUGGUCCCCCUUUGGCUGCCAAAACAGCCCUGACCCAUCAAAGCAUGGACUCCACUAGAUCCCUGAAGGUGUGCUAUGGUAUCUGGCACCCAGAUGUUAGCCUUUAUGGUCCCCACCCUGUAACUUACAGGCCAUAAAGGAUACUUACAGGACUUAAAGAAUACUUUUGACAGAUACUGACCACUGCAGACCGGGAACAGCCCACAAGAGCUGCAGUUUUGGAGAUGCUCUGAUCCAGUCGUCUAGCCAUCACAAUUUGGUCCUUGUCAAACUCACUCAAAUCCUUACGCUUGCCCAUUUUUCCUGCUUCUAACACAUCAACUUUGAGGACAAAAUGUUCACUUGCUGCCUAAUAUAUCCCACCCACUAACAGGUGCCAUGAUGAGGAGAUCAUCAGUGUUAUUCACUUCACCUCUCACUGCUCAUAAUGUUAUGCCUGAUCCGUGUAUAUAUCCUAUAUACACUUCCUGCUAAGUCAAAUAAAUUUCUGUUACUAGACAAAUAUCUCUGGAUUCCAUCAAGAGACCGCUGCAACAGAAAACGGUAGAGAAGCAGAAGAAAGCACAACAAGAAAGAUCUAAAUGAACUCCAUGUUUCAUCUCAUUAGCCAAACCAUUACAAAAUGGGUCUCUGUAAUACUGUAACUGUGAACCUUAAUGGUUAUUUAACUACACAGUGCUGAUACAAUCAUAAUAAUGACUCAUUUUAAGCACAGUUCUCACCUCAAAAUCCAUAAAAAAAGGAGGAUGUAAAUUCCCAUUCUAGCCAGAGACUACAUUGUAGAACCAGUGAGAUUGGAGAGACAAUAUGGUGCUAAAUGGACAUGGUGCAUGUUAGAAAAAUACAGCCUAUACCCUAUAAACGUUGACGAGGUGAAUGUGCAUGAAAACACUAGGACCAGCGUAACAUUUACACAAUGGAACGAUGCCUUGUUUGCUCAUUGUGAGAUCACAUGGUAUGGACACAAUAUUCCACCGUGAUUAUACUGCUACAUAUUCUGACUUUGGUAAACCUAGCAACACUGAUCAGCCAUUAAUGUGUGAAUAAUUCAUGAUUUAUGAUAUUGGUUGCUAUGAUUCUUCAUACUCCAGCAGAAUGGUGAUAUUGGUUAAGAUAAUCACAGCACGCAAAUAAAAUAAAAUAUAAUAGUAAAUAUAGGGAUCAUUUAAAUGAUAUCUUCUGUUAUAUCAGUAUAGAAAAGGUAAAGGUAAAUAGUAACAAUGUGAUACACUGUGAGUGAUACACUUACUGGCCACUUUAUUAGGACAACCGGUACAACUGCUCAUUUAUGGAAUUAUCCAUUCAGCUAAUUGUGUAGCAGUGGAGCAUAAAUGCAUGAAAUAAUGCAAAUACAAGACAAGAGCGUUAGUUUGUUCACAGUGAAUGUGAGAAUGAGGAAAAUCUCCUGGGAUUUAUACUCUCAACAGUCUCUAGAGUUUACAGAGAAUGGUGUAAAACCUACUAAGGGUAUGUAUUUUGGGUGAAAAUGAUUGGUUGAUGAAAGAGGUCAGAACAGAACCAACAACCAGACUUGCGAAAGCCGACAUGUAACAGAUAUAAACGUUCUUUACAAACCUGGUGAGCAGAAAAGCAUCUCAGUACACAGAAUCACAUCAGGUUUCACCAAUGUCAGGAAUCUGAGGCUACUGUGGGUAUAAGUUCAUAGAAAUUGUACAUCUGAAGACUGGAAAAAGACCAGUGUCCAUUCUGGGUUGGUUUGUGCCCUCACAUUCUUCUCUUUGGCAUGGUCUUCGGUUGUUGUAUCCCAACCGCCUCAGAGUUCAAUGUGUUGUGCAUUCUGAGAUACUUUUCUACUCAUCAUGGUUUUGAAGAUUCAUUAUUUGAAUCAAUGAGAUCCUCUUAUGAUUGAUGUGAACAUUGAUUGAAGCACUUGACCUCUAUCUGGGUAAUUUAUGCAUUGUGCUUCGGCCUCACAAUUGGCUGAUUGAAUAAACGCAAGAAUGAGCAGGUGUUCCUAACAAAGUGCCCACUGAGUGUAUAUAGUGCAGCUCUAAAUGGAAGAGAAUGGGUGUACAGCCAUGUUAUCUAAUUCCUAGGGCAAACAUGGCAUGCUGCAACAGCUAAAGCACAAGACCAAAAAAUCUGUAUCUACCCAGCGAAGUGACCCCUUGAACUCUGGACUACAGUAAGGGUUAGGUUUAAAUUUGUAAAUAAUUGUGUGAACAAACAGAAAAACAGCUUUGCAUCUUACUCUGACCACUCUCACCCUAUCCACUCUAUGCUUACAAAGUUAUCUUUUCCAACUUUUCGACUGUGAAACAUUUUUGCAUGAUUUUAAAUGAAACGUUUAGCACACAUUAACAGAACUAUUCUAUGGAUUCUAUCGAUGUAUAUCCAUUGCUCAGUAUAGUAUUUAUGUGACCAGUGUUUCUUACUUCAGUUUCUAUUGAUUUGUCGGUAUGUUAGUUCCAAGUAGAUUUCCAUUCUAUUGUUAGCGCAGUUGCUAUCUGUUGAGAUUCAUAUCAGUGGUCCUAUUUACACGAGCUGUAACAUGCAUUCGAUCUUGAAUGGUCAUUUCAGUGUGCUUACAUCUACAUGGUCUUAAUCUAUGCCAUUUUAGGGAAAUAAAACCAUUUUGUAUUGCUUAGUAUAAA